AUGUAUAUAAAGAGAGUGGUGAUAAAGGGGUUUAAAACUUACAGGAAUCAAACUGUUAUUGACGAUUUUUCUCCACAUCAUAACAUUGUCAUUGGAUCCAAUGGGUCAGGUAAAUCUAACUUCUUUUCUGCAAUUAGAUUUGUUUUAAGUGACGAUUACUCCAAUUUGAAAAGAGAAGAAAGACAGGGGCUUAUUCAUCAGGGAUCUGGUGGCUCUGUGAUGAGUGCUUCAGUGGAAAUUGUUUUCCAUGAUCCGGAACAUAAGAUGAUCUUACCUUCUGGUGUCGUUCCUAGGGAAAAUAAUGAUGAAAUUUGUAUUAGAAGAACCGUUGGGUUGAAAAAGGACGAUUACCAGUUGAAUGAUAGGAAUGUUACAAAGGGAGAUGUAGUGAGAAUGCUGGAAAGUACUGGAUUUUCCAUGAGCAAUCCUUAUAAUAUUGUACCCCAAGGAAAAAUUAUAUCAUUGACUAAUGCAAAGGAUAAAGAAAGACUACAAUUGCUGGAAGAUGUUGUUGGUGCUAAAUCGUUUGAGGUUAAAUUGAAAGCGUCUUUGAAAAAAAUGGAGGAAACAGAACAAAAGAGAGCACGAAUUGCUAAAGAAAUGGAUGAGCUAAAUUCUAAAUUGAAGGAAAUGGAACAAGAAAGGAAGGAACUGGAAAAAUAUAACGCUCUUGAAAAAAACAGGAAAGUUUUCCAAUUCACACUAUACGAUAGAGAGUUGAACGAUAUUAUUAAUCAAGUUGAAAGGUUGGACGACGAUUAUAAUGUCACAGCAAAUUCUUCAGAACAAUAUAUUAAAGAACUAGAUAAGAGAGAAGAAAUUAUUUCCAACAUUUCCAAAAAUUUAUCCGAAAUUGAUUCGACUUUGAAAAUUAAGACAACAACAGAUUUACCACAGGCUAAAUCACGACAUUCCGAAUUAACAAACCAAUUAACGAAUCUUCAAGUACAAAUUAAGGAUCUUAAAUUGCAAAUAAAGGCCCAGGAAAGACAAGCAAACUCAGAUCAAAAGACGCUUGAUAUCAUUAACGAUGAAAUACAGAAACGUGAACAGAAAUUAUCAAGCAUAUCUCCAAAAUUCCAAGAGUUAUCUAAAGAAGAAUUGAAGUUUAAACUGCAAUACAAUAAAUUGCAGCAAAGACAGCGAGACCUUCUAUUGAAAAAAGGAAGGUAUGCAAGAUUUGCUUCAAUAGAAGAGCGUAACGAAUGGAUUCAGAACGAAAUUGAAGAGUCGGAUAAAACGUUACAGGGCCUUGUUGACAUCAAAAAUAAAAUUUUAAUUGAACGUGAUGAGAUUAAUUCCAAGGUGCGUUCUCUUGAUGAAGAUAUUGAUAAUUUAAAUGAUUCCAUUGAGGGACCCAAUGUAACCGGUGAGUUAGAAGUUAUUCAAGAUGAACUAGAAAAAUUGAAAAGUGAAUAUGCUGCUAGCAUCGAUAAACGUAAGGAAUUAUGGAGGAAUGAGCAAAAAAUAGAAACUGUCUUACAAAACCUAUUAGAAAAUGUUAAGGUUUUGGAACGAAAUGUGAACGAAACAAUGGAUAGGUCACUGGCCAAUGGUAUAAAAAGUGUUAAGGAGAUUGCAACAAAAUUAAAAUUACCAGAAGAUUCCGUCUUUGGUACUCUUGGUGAGCUCAUAAAUGUUAAUGAAAAAUAUAAAAUUUGUGCUGAGGUAGUAGGUGGUAAUUCCCUUUUCCAUAUUGUGGUUGAUACGGAAGAGACUGCGACAAUAAUAAUGAAGGAGCUAUACAAGAUGAAAGGUGGGAGGGUGACGUUUAUUCCUUUGAAUCGAAUUUACCUCGACGCCAACAUUCAAUAUCCACCAAAUGAUCAAACAUCGUUCACACCACUAAUCAACAAGAUUAAGUAUGAUCAAAGGUUUGACAAGGCUGUGAGACACAUUUUUGGGAAAACAAUUGUUGUUAAAGAUUUAACUACAGGUUUAAGAAUUUCUAAAAAAUUUAAAUUGAACUCCAUCACUUUAGAUGGAGAUAGGGCAGAUAAGAGAGGUGUCUUAACAGGUGGUUACUAUGACCAAUAUAAACAGUCAAGAUUAGAUUCAUUGAGUACCUUAAAUGAAUCAACAGCUAAGCAUAGAGAACUAUCUCUAGAAUUAACAUCCAUUAAACAGGCAAUACAAGAAGUCGAUUCUAAUAUUGAUACGUUGAAUAACUCUAUCAGGAAACAUAAUACCAAUCGAGAGUCUUUACUUUCAAAUAUCGAAGGGAUGAAGAGCAAAUUAAGGAAUAAAAAAAAUGAUAAAAUACUGUUAGAAGAAAGCUUGCAAGCGCUUGCAAUAAAAACUGAGAAGAAUGAAAUCAAUAUCAGAGUGACAGCGGAUAAAAAGGAAACCUAUGUUAAGGAUAUGUCAAGUGAAUUUAACAGUGAGCUUUCAUUAGUUGAGAAAGAAGAAUUAGAAGUUACUAGUAUAUCAUUACUCGAAAUUGAGAAAAAACUUACUCUAACAACAGAAAACCUAGAGACUGUUACAUCUGAGAUGAAUUCCCUAAAUGCAGAACUGAAUUCGAAACUGUUUCCCCAGAAACAAGAUAUUUUAAGUCAAAUGUCUCAAGAGGGGCUCUCCUACUUAUCAAGCUUAAGACGUGAUGUUGACUCAAUGACUUCCAAACUAGAAGCUGUACAAAACCAAUGUAACUCGGCACUUCAACACGUUGAUACCAUUCAGAAGGAGAUAGAAGAUUUGAAAAGUGAGAAAAGAAAUAACGACAAGAUUUUGGAAAAAGCAAAUUCACAACAAAGAUUACUGUUAAAAAAACUUGAAACCUUCCAAAAAGAUGUUGAAAAGACAAUGAUUAAGAAAACUGCCUUAAUAACAAGACGUGAUGAAUUACAACAAAAAAUCAGAGAAAUCGGUUUGCUUGCCGAAGACGCCUUGAAUGCUUUUAAUGAUUUAUCCAGUGAGGAGUUAUUAAAAAGAUUAAACUCAGUAAGUGAAGAUAUUUCUGGAUUGAAAAACGUAAAUAAAAGGGCCUAUGAAAACUUUAGAAAAUUUGAUGAAAAGCAGAAAGAAUUAGUGGAAAGAGCAACUGAACUUGACGAAUCCAAGACCUCAAUCCAAGACUUAAUAACCCGUUUAAGACAACAGAAGGUGACUGCAGUUGAUUCUACAUUCUUAAAGGUUGCAGAAAAUUUUGAAACUGUAUUUGAAAAGCUAGUGCCAAUAGGUAAAGCAAAGUUAAUAAUCCAUAGGGUGGACAAUAAUGCAAGAAUGGAAACGAAUUCGAACGAUGACGAUGUUGAUAUGGAUCAGGAAGAUGAGGUAAUUAAUAAUAAUGAAUCAAUUUAUACCGGUGUUUCAAUAUCUGUUUCCUUCAACUCAAAAGAAAAUGAACAGCUCCACGUGGAACAAUUAUCUGGAGGUCAAAAAACGGUUUGUGCAAUCGCUCUUAUUUUGGCAAUUCAAAUGGUUGAUCCUGCCCCAUUCUAUCUUUUUGAUGAAAUUGAUGCCGCAUUGGAUAAACAAUACAGAACUGCGGUUGCAAAUAUCAUUAAACAAUUGUCAGUUAAUGCUCAGUUCAUAUGCACCACGUUCAGAACUGAUAUGCUACAAGUUGCGGACCGUUUCUUUAGGGUAAAAUACGAGAAUAAGAUAUCCACUGUGAUAGAGGUAGAUAAGCAGGAUGCCAUCAAUUUUAUCAAAGGUAACAACAAAUAUGCUGAAGUGUGA